AUGCAUUAUUACAAUAUAAUCAAUAUGUCUGCUGUUUAUCCAAUCUUGCCUAAAUUAGUUGAACGAGAUAGUUAUGAUGAUGAAGAUUUAACAGAUAUUGAUGAUGAAGUAUUUAUCAAAGAUGGAAAAAAUAAAUUAAAAUUAAAUAAUGAUAGAGGAGUUAAACGGCCUUUAAUGGCACCUCAUAGAAACUAUAAAAAAUCAUAUAAUUUUCAAACAUAUGGAUUUUUAAAUAAGGCUGGUUUUGGACUUAUAGCAUUGAUAAUAUUAUUAAGUUUAACUAUAUUAUGUAUAUAUAUUAUAAAUGUAAUACCUGGACCAAUGUCAAUCUUAAAAAAUUGGCUAUCAUAUAAUCUUAAAGAUUCAUUAUAUGAAUCUAAUAUAAUACCAUGCACAUCUCUUACAUCAAAAAUUAUAUGGACUAAAUCAUUGCCAAAAUUAACAUCAGAAUCUCCAAUAAGAAGCAAUGAUGUAAAUGAUGAUGGAAUUGAAGAUAUUAUUAUUGGAUUUAGUACAGGAUUGGAUAUGAUAAAUAUUCCAGAAUAUGCUUGUACAUCAUAUUUUAAUGGCCAAGUUCCAUGUUUUGGUGGAGUUUUAGCUUUAAAUGGUAAAACAGGAGAUAUACUCUGGAUACAUUGGACAGCUCAUGCAAUUUUCUCAAUUGAUUGUGGUUUAGAUUUAACAAAUGAUAAAAUUAAAGAUUGUAUUAUAUGUGGUCGAAAUGGAAUACUUCAUGCAGUUAAUGGCUACAAUGGAACUAGUAUAUGGGAAAUUCCAGUUCGAGAUUUAUCAAUUUCAAAAGAAUGGAAAUUUUCAGAUAUUUAUGAUGCUAGAUUUAUUGCUGAUAUUAAUGGAGAUGAUGUUGGAGAUAUUAUUGCAUCACAUGCUAUACAUUCAAGGAAAAUUCAUACCAGUGAAAUUCUUAUAAUAUCAGGAAUGAAUGGGAAUAUUAUACAUAGUUCAGUUUUACCAAAUACAGAACAACUUUUUCUAGCACCUCAAACACUGAUCCAUCCAGAUGGAGAAAAUAUUUUUAUUCUUGUUACUAACAGUCAAAAACAAUCAAGUGGAUUAUAUAUAAUUUCUCAAGUAAAUUUAAUGUAUGGCAACUUGAAAUUACGAAAAUUACACCAUGAUACAGGAAAAGGAACUUUAUUACCUCCAAUUUUAGUUGAUGUAACAUUAGAUGGAAUUGAAGAUAUUGUUGCUUCUAUGUUUAAUUCUACGAUAAUAGUUUAUAAUGGAUUGACCUUUGAACCUAUUUGGAAUUAUACAGUACCUAAUUCUGAAGUAAUAAGUAUACCUAUUCCUGGUUAUUAUAAUGAUGAUAAUAUUCCAGAUUUUAUGGUAAAACAUCAAAUAGGUUCAGGUUUUCCAACAUAUUAUUAUACAGUUGCAACAAUUAUAGAUGGAAAAACUGGAAAACCUUUAUUAGAAAAACCAAUAGAAGAUAGUUUAAGUAGAGAAAUGUCUGGUUUAUCUGUUACUGUUGAAGGAUUUGGAAAUGAUUGGUUUUUACAUUGGUCAGUUGAUUGUUUAAACUAUGAAGGAAUUAAAGAAAAAUAUCAAUUUUUAAAAAAUGAAGAUUUUAUAUUAGAAUCACGUGCUGAUCUUUGUAAACUACGGUUUAAUUCUACUCUAAUUACAAAUUUAUAUGCCUUGAGCCAACAUGUUGGACCACCUGGUAUAUCAUUAUAUUUUUCUGAAGACUGGAAAUUUUUAGAAUAUAAUAAUUCUUUGAAUGCCAGAAUAGAAUUACAUGAAAAUAUUCCUUUUGUACCUGAACGAUUAUCGAAAAUUUAUAAAGAUUACAAAGAAAACUUAAAAGAAGGACAAGAAGAUUAUUAUGAAACUUAUGAACAACACACGGAAGAUAAAAAAUUUACUUCUAAAAAUCAAAAUAAUAUUUUGAAAAACGAGAAUAAAUGGAUUCAAAAUAAUAUACAAACUAAAGAUUAUGAUGUGUUAUAUAAUGAAAAUAAUAAAAUUAAUUUACAAGAAGAGCCAAUAGAUUAUCGACAAGAAGAAAACAAAGAACGAGAACAAAGAAGUAAUUCAAAUUUAGAUUUCAAAUUUAUCAAUCAAUCUGGUAACAAAAUAAAUGAUUCUGUAAAAAAAAAUAUGCUAAAGAACAAUAUUAAUCAUAACAAUAAAUUUGAAAUCUUUAAUAUUACAGAUUUUCUGAAUAUUAAAAAAAAUAAAAAUAUUGAUGAGAAUAAUAAAAUAUUAAAUAAAAGAACAAUUAAUUAUGACAUAAAUAAAACAAAAGAAAUAAUUAAUUCUAUGGAUAUAAAAACUUAUGCUCAUAAGUUUUCUAAUAUUAGAAUAACAGAAGAUGUUAUAAUAAAAAAUUUUAAACAAAAAAAAUUAAUAAAAAAUUGGUAUAAAAAAAAAGAUACUAAUUUUAAGCCAAAAUUAGAAUUAGAGCAUAAAUACGAAAUAAAAUUAAAAAAACAAAAAAAAAGGGAAAUAAAAACUAAAAGCAAUCAAAUAUAUUCAAUACAUGGUGUACAAAAACAACCACCAUCUGGAAUUUUGUUACCCUCUAUUUCAGAAUCAAAAGGAAUAACUUCUAUAGAUUUAAUAUUUUCUACAUUUUGGUUACCAUCUUCUGAAACACCUAUAAUAUUAAUUCAAGAAGACUUAAACUGUAUUCACUGGAAAAAAAUGCUUUCAGAAAAAAAUUUACAAUAUAAAAAAAAUGAUGACAUUAUUGAAGAAUGUUUAAAUGAACGAGGUAUUAAUUAUAAAACACAUCAAGAAGCAAGCAAUAAAGAAAAUUUUAAAAUUUCUCUUGGACAAAUGACAAUAUAUAGAAUGAAAUUAGAAUGCAUGUGUCCAGAAGAUAUGUUACCUAAUCAAAUCUGUAAAAAUAUAUCCUUGCAUCAGAGUUGGUCUGAAUAUUUAGGUUCACAAGGAAGGUAUUUUAAACCACUUUAUAAAAAAAUUUUUAAAUAA